GAGGAGAUGAGAGGAGAUGAGAGGAGAUGAGAGGAGAUGAGAGCAUAAAAGAAGGAAAAGAAAAAAAGGAUGGGGGGGGUUUUGUGUUGUUAGUUUAGUUUGUGAGAGAGCGAGAGAGAGAGAGAGAGAGAGAGAGAGGAGGUUGGAGAAAGAUGUGAAGAAUAUAUAUAGAAAGGCACAUAGCAUAGGUUAAGCAGGGAAAGAGGAAAGAAGGAAAGAUUUAAGAGAAGGAGAGGAAAAAAGAUGGGAAGAGGGAGAGUAGAGCUGAAGAGAAUAGAAAACAAGAUCAAUAGGCAAGUCACCUUCGCUAAACGGAGAAAUGGGGUUUUGAAGAAAGCUUAUGAGCUCUCCGUUCUGUGCGAUGCCGAAGUUGCUCUCAUCAUCUUCUCCAAUAGAGGAAAGCUCUACGAGUUUUGCAGUAGUUCAAGCAUGCUGAAAACAUUAGAGAGAUACCAGAAAUGCAACUAUGGAGCACCAGAGCCGAAUGUGUCCACAAGAGAGGCCUUGGAAGUGAGCAGCCAGCAGGAGUAUUUGAAGCUUAAAGCUCGCUACGAAGCUCUGCAACGAUCCCAAAGGAACCUUUUGGGAGAAGACCUUGGCCCAUUGAGUAGCAAAGAACUUGAAUCCCUUGAAAGGCAACUUGAUAUGUCACUCAAGCACAUAAGGUCAACAAGGACUCAGUACAUGUUAGAUCAACUCACCGAUCUUCAACGUAAGGAGCAUCUUCUUAACGACGCAAACAGGACUCUGAAACAAAGGUUAGUAGAAGGGUAUCAAGUAAAUGCUCUCCAAUUGAACCAAAGUGGUGAUGAUAUGAUGUAUGGAAGACACCAAGCUCACCCUCCACCCGAUGCCUUCUUCCAUCUUUUAGAUGCCGAACCCACCUUACAAAUUGGGUAUCACCCAGAUCCGCUAACAGUGGUCACCGCUGGGCCAAGCAUGAAUAAUUUCCUCCCAGGGUGGUUGCCUUGAGAAACAAAAAGAUGGGAGUUCUUCCAUUCAAAAUAUUAUUGAAAAAAAAGGGGAAAAAAAACAUUUUUCACUGCUUGAAACUUAUAUAUCUAAUUAAUAUAAACUCUGCACUUUAGUCUUUGUAAGCCAAUUGUGUGUAUGUUAUGCCACAUUUCUUUCUCUUACACCUCCAAGACUGCUUUUCGAAUGUAAUUUCAUUGUUUUCUUGUUUGUCAUAAAGUUGUAAGUUUGUGUGUA